AUGAUUUCUUUAAACCACACUGCUGUUAGCCACAGAGUCUUCUACCUGUUGGGCAUCCCUGGCCUUGAAGACCAGCACAUAUGGAUUUCGAUCCCCUUCAUCAUUUCCUAUGUCAUUGCCCUGCUUGGGAACAGCCUGCUCAUCUGCAUUAUUAUCAUAAAGAGCAGCCUCCAUGAACCCAUGUACCUCUUCCUCUGCAUGCUGGCUGGAGCAGACCUCGUGCUCUCCACCUGCAUAGUACCCCAGGCCUUGGUCGUCUUCUGGUUCCAUGCUGGGGAGAUCUCUCUGGAUCAAUGCAUCACUCAGGUUUUUUUCUACUCUUCCACCUUCAUUUCUGAGUCAGGGAUCUUGCUGGUGAUGGCGUUUGACCGCUACAUUGCCAUAUGCUACCCCCUGAGAUACACCACUAUUUUUACAGGUGCACUGAUUGGGAAAGUCGGUAUGAUCAUCUUCUUGAGAAGUUAUGGUACAAUUUUCCCUAUAAUAUUUCUUCUGAAAAGAUUGACUUUUUGUCAAAAUAAUAUUAUUCCACACACCUUUUGUGAACACAUUGGUUUGGCCAAAUAUGCUUGUAAUGACAUUCGAGUGAACAUCUGGUAUGGACUUUUUGUCAUCAUAUCGACAGUGGUCUUAGAUGUCCUGUUAAUAUUUGUUUCUUAUGUGCUGGUUCUCCGUGCUGUCUUCCACAUGCCUUCCCGAGACGCUCGCAACAAAACUCUCAACACAUGUGGCUCCCAUGUCUGCAUCAUCAUCCUCUUUUAUGGGCCUGCGAUCUCCACAAGUCUUAUUCAGCGGUUUGGAGGCCACAUUCCACCUCAUAUCCAUAUCUUAUUGGCUAAUGUCUGCAUUCUGGUUCCACCUAUGCUGAAUCCCAUCAUUUAUGGGAUUAAGACCAAGCAAAUUUGGGAGCAGGUGUCUUACAUAUUUUUAGAAGUUGCCAGCUGGUGCUGCCAAAAGUUUAGCCCUUUCAGGGUCACUCUGGGAAAGCGGGUACUUCUGCGAGUUCAUCCCUUUCUUCCAAACUCACCUGGAUCCCACUCCCAUGAUGUGCUGGAAUCUCUCUUCAGGAAGGCCAGAGUUCUGUAA